AGCCUAAACUCAAAUUCUAAAAAAUGAGUGUUAGCUUCCUUUUCUAAGAACAUCCUGUAGCACCAAACAAUUGGAGAAGUUGACCAGCUCUAGUUGAUGAGAAAAGUAUAACUAAAAAAAUGAACAAGAAUUUUCAAAACAAGGUCCACAUUCAAUUAAGAAAAUAGCAUCUUCUUCAAACCAAUAUGGUAGACUCAUUAGGAAGAAAGUUGGAAACACCACAAAGGAAGAAAGAAAGAAAGGGAUGGCCAACACCUUCAUAGCAUCAAGACAUAAUUUUGUUCCUUGAGUAAGUUUCAAGACAUAUUCAUUAUUAUUCUUUCUACAAAUUUCACAAGUCUCUUCAUUCAAAAACAAUAACUCCAUCAUGGAAAAUCAUCCUCCUAGAUGCAAGUACACAGUGAUCUUCUUCUUCAUUAUAGUUUCUCUCUUCCUUGGCUUAAUCUCCUUCAUCUUGUGUAUAGCUGCUGAGAUAAAGAGGAAUAAGGAGAAUGAUCUUAGAUGGAAUGGAAAGCUAUGUUAUUUACCAACAAGCCAAGCAUUUGGAUUGAGUAUUGCAACAUUGUUUUGUUUGUCUUUUGCACAUAUCAUUGGAAAUUAUGUGUUACUAAGGAAUUCUUAUUCAAGAUGGAAAAAUAUCUCCAAGUUUAAGAUGCCUACCACUGCAAAGGUUCUGUUUUUGAUAUCUUGGCUUAGCUUUGGAGUUGUAGUUAUAUUGUUGAUUGCUGCAACAAGCAUGAGCAGAAGGCAGCUCUAUGGGAAAGGAUGGUUGAAUGGUGAGUGCUUUCUAGUCAAAGGAGGAACUUACUCUGGCUCAGCCAUAUUGAUCCUUGUUACAAUUGGUUCUCUAAAUGGUUCAGCUUUUUCAACAUUAAAAUCCAGCCAAGCACAUCAAGAUCAUAAAAUACACAAAGUGGAUUACACUAAACAACCACACUUUUUGUGUUAGAAUAGAAAAAGAUAAGGGGUUUGGAAAGUGGGUGAGUUUAUAUAUCAAAGUACACUAGACCCCCACAAGUUGUUGUAGAGGCUAAAACUAUAAGACCAAUAAGAGACACAAAAAUGAGUGGCAUUUUUUAUUUAUUUUAUGA